ACUACUGUGCCACCUGUAUUGGAAAAGUUUGGGUACCGUGGUUGCCAGCAGUGCUACUUAACAGAACAGAGUGGAGAGAAGACAGACUCAUUGAGAGUAGGAGCAUCUUGAAGAAGCAGAAGUCUACAAACAUUGCUGGACAGAGUACUUACUGUUCAAGACAAAUACUGAUGUGCAGAUAAUCACUGGUAAUCAAUCACUCUUGGUGACUACCUGCACUUUAUGCAAUGUAUCAGUCCGUGUCUGAAACUAGACAUCCUCUGCAGUCAGAAGAACAGGAAGUCGGCAUUGACCCCUUGUCCAGCUAUUCCAAUAAGUCUGGAGGAGAUACAAGUCAAAAUGGAAAAAGAACAAAUUCUACCAUAGACUCUGAAGGAACCUUUAAUUCAUAUACGAAAGAAUGGGAAGAACUAUUUGUAAACAACAAUUACUUGGCAACAAUAAGACAGAAGGGGAUUAAUGGGCAGCUGAGAAGCAGCAGGUUCCGCAGCAUCUGCUGGAAGCUCUUUCUUUGUGUUCUUCCUCAAGAUAAAAGUCAAUGGAUAAGUAGAAUUAAAGAACUAAGAGCAUGGUAUAGCAGUAUUAAAGAAAUACAUAUCACUAAUCCAAGGAAAGUUGUUGGCCAGCAGGAUCUGAUGAUCAACAAUCCCCUUUCACAAGAUGAAGGAAGUCUUUGGAACAAGUUCUUUCAAGAUAAAGAACUACGAUCCAUGAUUGAGCAAGAUGUCAAAAGAACAUUUCCUGAAAUGCAGUUUUUCCAACAAGAAAAUGUGAGAAAAAUUCUUACAGAUGUUCUGUUCUGUUACGCUAGAGAAAAUGAGCAGUUGCUUUAUAAACAGGGUAUGCAUGAACUACUAGCACCUAUCAUCUUUAUCCUUCACUGUGACCACCAAGCUUUUCUACAUGCCAGCGAGUCUGCACAGCCCAGUGAGGAAAUGAAAAUCCUAUUGAAUCCCGAGUAUCUGGAACAUGAUGCCUUUGCAAUGUUCUCACAGCUUAUGGAAACUGCUGAACCUUGGUUUUCUACUUUUGAGCAUGAUGGUCAAAAGGGAAAAGAAACUCUGAUGACCCCCAUCCCCUUUGCUAGACCUCAGGAUUUAGGGCCAACAGUUGCCAUUGUUACUAAAGUCAACCAGAUCCAGGAUCAUCUGCUGAAAAAACAUGAUAUUGAGCUCUACAUGCACUUGAACAGACUAGAAAUUGCACCACAAAUAUAUGGGUUGAGAUGGGUGCGGCUGCUGUUUGGGAGGGAGUUCCCGCUGCAGGAUCUGCUGGUGGUCUGGGAUGCCUUGUUUGCAGAUGGCCUCAGCCUGAGCUUAGUUGACUACAUCUUCAUAGCAAUGUUACUCUAUAUCCGAGAUGCUUUGAUUUCUAGUAACUACCAGACCUGUCUCGGCCUUCUGAUGCAUUAUCCACUCAUCGGGGACAUACACUCACUGAUUCUUAAGGCUCUGUUCCUUAGAGACCCAAAGAGAAAUCCAAGGCCUGUGACUUACCAGUUCCGCCCCAAUUUAGAUUACUACAAGGCACGGGGAGCAGACCUUAUGAAUAAAAGCCGGACCAAUGCCAGAGGUGCCCCUCUGAAUAUACACAAGGUCUCCAACAGCCUGAUUAACUUUGGAAGAAAGUUGAUUUCCCCAGCCUCGACUCCAGGCAGUAUGGGUGGCCCUGUACCUGGCAGCAGCAGCAGCUCUUUCUCUGCUGCCAUCUCCAGCAGAACCUCUGAAGAAGCCCCAAGGUAUCAUGUACUGCACCACCAGCAGCAGCAGCAGCAGCAGCAGCAGCAGCAGCAGCAGCAGCGACUGAUGAAAUCUGAAAGCAUGCCGGUACAGUUGAACAAAGGUGAUGUAGUUACAGGAAGUGGUGCUCAGCUUUCUGUUCCUGUCCAGGCUCUAACUGACCUCCAAGGGCAGAGUUCUAAAACCAUCAGUUCAUCCCCAAGCAUUGAGAGUUUGCCAGGGGGAAGAGAAUCCACUGGCUCCCCACCUUCAUCUGCCACUAAAAAGGAUUCCUUUUUCAGCAACAUCGCACGUUCCCGUUCCCACAGCAAAACUAUGGGCAGAAAAGAAUCUGAAGAAGAAUUGGAAGCCCAGAUAUCCUUCCUCCAAGGACAGCUGAAUGACCUAGAUGCCAUGUGCAAGUACUGUGCGAAGGUCAUGGACGUGCAUCUUGUAAAUAUCCAAGAUGUGGUAUUACAAGAGAAUUUGGAAAAAGAAGAUCAAAUCCUGGUUUCCUUGGCAGGGUUAAAACAGAUCAAAGACAUUCUGAAAGGUUCCCUGCGCUUCAACCAGAGCCAGCUGGAGGCUGAGGAGAACGAGCAGAUUACCAUCGCCGACGACCACUACUGCUCCAGUGGCCAGGACCAGAGAAGCCAAGCUCCUCGGGCCUCCAAGCAGGCCUCUUCAACGAUGCCAGGGUGCACAGGUGGAGGGACCUCAGAUGACUUCAUCCUGGUUUCCAAAGAAGAUGAGGGUCGCAGUGCUAAGGGGGCCUUCUCAGGCCAGUCACAGCCCCUUCUCACCCUCAGAAGCACAGCGGGGAAAAGCAGAGUGCCAACCUGCUCCCCGCUGCUGUUCUCAGACCCGUUGAUGGGCCCAGCCUCAGCUUCCUCCAGCAACCCAAGCUCCAGCCCUGAUGAUGACAGCAGCAAGGAUUCUGGCUUCACCAUCGUGAGCCCCUUGGACAUCUGAACACAGGGACUCCACUAGUAGAGACCCUGCUGAACCAC